UGAACGAGCCUGCCAUAAACCGGAAGUAGGCAAAGCAAAACAUUUUAGCUGUGUUCCAGUUCAGCGAAUACAGUUUACAAAAAUAAAUAACUGAAGAGCAUUUUAAAGACGAUAAGUACGAGAUGGGAACUACGGCAAGUCACAUCGGGAAGGAUUUGCUGUCAGAAUACCAAGAGCUGACCUUCCUGACAAAACAAGAAAUCCUUCUUGCCCACAAGAGAUUCACCGAACUUCUCCCUAAAGAGGUGAAACAUGAUCCAGAGACCAGAGUGCCAAUGAAAACAAUUUUAACUCUACCUGAGCUUAAGUCCAACCCUUUCGGGAAGAGAAUCUGCUAUGUAUUCUCAACAGCUCCACAAAAAGAUGGAAGCCUCACCUUUGAAGACUUCUUGGAUCUCUUGAGUGCCUUCAGUGAUUCAGCUACUCUGGAAAUCAAAUCUCACUAUGCAUUCCGUAUAUUUGACUUUGAUGACGAUGGAACUCUUAAUUGUGAUGAUCUGGAGAAGCUGGUUAACUGCUUGACUGGUGAGACAGAUGAAACACGACUAACCAGCCAGGAAAUGUCACAGCUUAUCAGCAAUAUUCUGGAAGAGUCAGACAUUGACAAGGAUGGGACCGUGAACCUCUCUGAGUUUCAACAUGUCAUUUCAAGAUCACCAGAUUUUGUCAGUUCUUUCAAGAUUGUGCUGUGAAGACCUCUAAUUGGCUGUGGAAAUGCAUCUCCCUUCAAUUCUUAUAUGAUGUUUGCUUUCAAGUGAGAACAAUUUUAGAUACUUGCCUUAAUUUAUAUUUCCUGAGACUUUUACUGUUUUAUGUAUCAAAUAACUACUUUUCUAACAUCUAUAAAAUAAUUAAAUUCA